AUGGAAGAGGAGGAGCUGAGGAAGAAGACACUCGUCGAGCUGCGGGCUCUGUUGUCUGAUCGGAACAUGAAAACCACCGGCAAGAAGGAGGAACUCAUUAAUCGUUUGCUUGGAAAAGACAGCGCCGAAUCGACGGCUGUGUCGUCUGCUGACGUGACCGGGAUGGGACGCCGUGCAGAGACGAAGGCGCAUGACGAGGUGGAACCCGAGGAGUCAAAAGAGGAUGUAGAAGAUGACGACGCUGUCAAAAAGGGCACCGAAACUCCCAGCCCUGAUGCUCCAUCCACCCCGGACGGUGUGAGCAUCCGUGCCAGCCCUUCCAGUCCCACCAAAACCAAUUCGCCUGAAGAGGUGGUAAAGGAGGAAGCGAAGCAAGUUGCUACUAGCGCUUCUAUGCCCAGCGAAAUUGGUGCGCUUAGCAUGGAGGAGCGCAUGGCGUUACGUGCCAAAAGGUUCAACAUCACCUCUAGCGGCACAAAAACCGCGGAACAAAGGACACAGAGUUCCGAUGGUCGCAACAAAAGGCGGCGCGGUGGCCGUAGCGGCAUGACACAGGCGGAGCGCAACAAGCGUCGUCUCGAGCGGAUGAUAAAGCGCGACGGUGUCAAGGGCGAUGUGCCCCUGGACGACGAUGAACGCGCGCGAAGACAGAAACGUUUGGAACGAUUUGGCGCGGCAUAG